GUGAUAGGCAAGAGAUGCUUGUGAGUUGACCUGGCAUCAGCACUCUAGGUCCUGGCAUCUGGAAACUCAGGAAGCAGUAGCAUCUUCAGCCCUUCCCUGAUGGCUGAACCUACUUCCUGAAGUGUGUCUCUCUGUCUGUCUGGCAGUAGUGUGGCCUGGAGUUACAGAUGAUGGUGAGCCACCACGUGGGUGCUGGGAACUGAACUUCAGAUCUUCUGGAAGAGCAGCCAGCGUUCUUAACCGAUGAACGUCUCUCCAGCCUUCUGUUUUUAAGGUAGAAGCCACUCAUUCUUCAUCUACCCUUUUUUCAGUAUCUGGCACCAAUUCUGGCCCCAUCAUUUGUGGCCCAUGGUUCUUGUGGUAUGCCGAAGAUUUACAGGCAGUUUCUGUGGAACAUCUCCCUGUUCAUCUCUAAUCAAGCACCAUAGAAACAAGAACUUGCCUAGUCAAACAUAUGAAGACUGUGCUCUGACUGCCAAAAAGAUCAGCACAGACUCCAGAAUGGCAGCCACUCUCAAGUUGUUUAAACUGUUAAAAUACCAAGCAUCUUGUAAUCCAUUUGUCUACCAUGCAGCCCAAAGCCUGGCAUAUUGGAAUAUGGAAAACAGCACACAACACAGGAGACAGAACAUAAUAGCUCCUGAGCAUGAGAGCUCCUGCCAUCCUGCCAGAAAAGUAAAGAGCAUUGGUGGUACCACUUUGUCUCAGAGAAUCUUCACAACCAGCAGUCCCCACCUGGGUUUGGAAGUCAGCGAAGCUUCUACCCUUCCGUCCAGCACGAUGCAUCCAGGCUCCGGUGCCACAAGAGUCGGUGAAGAGGAUGUAGAGGUUUUUGAUUCCUUUGCAGGAAUCCGAGUUUUCCUAAAGCUGAGGCCAGAGUACCAGCUUCACAGUUAUAAUAGAAGUGAGCCUUGCCAACCCCUGUCUGCUUCAGAAGGUGAACUGAUUUUGCACAAAGUCACAGUUUAUCAAAAUAAACUCCAGCCAGAAGUCAUUGCUAAUUAUUUUUAUAAGCUGAGCUCUUUGCCAGCAGAACAGCAUUCUGUUUUGUUGUCCAGUAAUAGCUUUGCUCUGCUCUGCCAACUGAGUAUGAAAAACAUACAGCUCUUUGAUACCUCAGAUCUGAUCAGCAUUUUGAAAGCCUUUGUUGAUCUAAGAACUCCUCUCCCCCCUGCCAUGCUAGACGUGUUUGAAACCAGAUUUUGCCAUCAGGUGUGGGAGAUGAGUCUGGAUCAGCUUCUCCUAGUAGCUGAUCUUUGGAGGAACUUAGGCCGCAGAGUGCCUCGUUUUUUAAAAAUCUUUUUUAGUUACCUUAAUUUACACUGGCAAGAGCUCUCCUUGUCUCAGCUGAUUCACUUGAUUUAUAUUAUAGGUGAAAAUCGUCAGGCUCCACCAGACCUAAUGCAGAAACUAGAAUCACUGAUCCUCAAGUAUGUAGAUUUGGUCAACUUAGAGGAGGUUGGUACAAUCUGUCUGGGGUUUUUUAAAUCAAGUAGUAGUCUCUCUGAAUUUGUCAUGCGGAAAAUUGGCGACCUGGCUUGUGCUAACAUGGGGCAUCUAAGUAGCCACACCUUAGUUCAUAUGCUUAAAAUGUUCCGCUUCACUCAUGUGGAUCAUGUGGAUUUCAUGAGGCAGUUUGGAGAAAUUGCUCCCCAGCGAAUUCCUUCCUUGGGGGUCCAGGGUGUUAUGCACCUCACUCUUGCCUGCUCAGCCUUACGAAUCCUGGAUGAAAGAGUAAUGAAUGCAGUAGCUGCCUCUUUGCCUCCGAGGGUAGCACACUGUCGGAGUAAAGAUGUUGCCAAAAUUCUGUGGUCAUUUGGAACUCUGAACUAUAAGCCACCCAACACAGAAGAAUUUUAUUCCAGUCUGAUAAAUGAAAUCCACAGAAAGAUGCCUGAAUUCUACCAGUACCCGGAGCAUCUUCUCACCUGCCUGAUUGGCUUGGCGUUUUCUGAAUACUUUCCAGCUGAGUUCAUCAAUGUUGCUCUAAGUUCAGGCUUUGUCAAAUUAGCUCAAGAGAGAAGUAAGUUUGAACUCACUAAGGAACUGUAUACUCUCGAUGGCACAGUUGCCAUUGAAUGUCCAGAUUACAAGGGCAGUCGUCUUAAUUCUCACCUUCAGCAAGAGGCAUCUGCAAAGCUGUGGGAUUUAGCAAGCAAGGAUAUGAGAUCAAAGCCUGAAUUCCUAGAAACUCUCUAUUUACUUGAGACAAUGUUGGGUGGUCCCCAGUAUGUUAAACACCAUAUGAUUUUGCCUCACACCCGCUCUUCUGACCUUGAGGUUCAGCUUGAUACUAACAUGAAGCCAAUACCAUUUAAUAGUGAAGUGACACCGACUGAAGAUGCAGCCCGAUUACAAUUUAAGCAGGUGGGAGUGAGCCUUACAGAUGAUUUGGUCAGUCGGUUGCUAAAGGGAAAAGCCAAGAGGUGUUUCCAGGGGGAAACUGAGUUAGAGACUGGCCAGCCACCCAUGGAGUUAAGAAAGAAGACAGCCAUAGCCUUGGUGGACUCUGAUUGCAAUGUGACAGAUAGACUGGGGGAUGUGGGGACCAUUGGCCUGCGCCCUCUAGCCCACAAGCAGCCCCCACUAGUGAAGCUAGCUAUUCAGUUCACAAACAGGAACCAGUAUUGCUAUGGUUCCAGGGAUCUGCUUGGACUGCACAAUAUGAAGAGGAGGCAGCUGGCUCAAGUGGGGUACCGUGUGGUAGAGCUACCCCACUGGGAAUGGCUUCCGCUACUGAAGCGAACUCGUCUAGAGAAGCUAGCAUACCUCCAUGAGAAAGUGUUCACCUCCGCUCUCUGAAGGGCCCUCAUGGGCAUUGGUGCUCAGGAAAGUGAUAGGUGCACAUCCUACACCUGUAGGCUGAGCAUCCUUAACCAGAAAAUCAAAGUCAAGUGUUCUAAAAUCUGAAACUUUGAUUACCGACAGACCUCAGGCCAAGUGGUAGUCCAUGCAGAUACCUAAGACUUGAAGUCCGAAACAGUCCCAAGUAUUGGAUGCAGGGAUUCUCAACAUGUCUUCCAAGUAAUUAGAAAAGCCAGAGUGUAGAUGGAUAAUGAAACAGCCACC